AUGGAGCUGGUGAGAUCGCUGAUGAGUGGCCUGCAGGUGCCGCAGCACUACGACAAGGUCUACAAAGACGAGUGCAUCUACACUUUUGAUACUCCUUUCAGUGAAGGCGGCCUGGCUGUGAACCUGCGCACCUGGCAGGGUGUGGCUGCAGAUAUGCUCGACCUCGACGUGCAGAGAGGCGGCAAAGGCGGGCUCUACCUUCUGCAGAAGUUCCGUCGCGAGGAGAAGCCCAAAGACCCAGAUGCAAAAGAGCCCACAAAGAUGGCCAUUGGAGUGGAGGGCGGCUUCCUCGAUGACAAGUGGGAGAUCGUGAAGGAGUACUCCUUGAUUGCCAUAAGUGCAUCUGGGGAGCGCCACACCUUGCCAUAUCCCAGCGUCGACCUGCCGAUGAUCGUUUCGGAUGUCUGCGAAGCGAUCGUGAAGCAUCAGGAAGCAGCUUUCAUCGGCGCCCGCGAUGGGAAGCCUGCGAGCCUUCCAGUCCCUGUCACAGCCAUGGUGCGGCAAUUCACCGGCGUGGCGGACGUGGCGGGUGUCUCCGAGCAGUCCGAGCAGCCGGAGCGCAUUGCUUUUGCGAACCAGGCAGAGCUGAUCCUCAGCUUGGUGGGGUAUGCCGUGGGGGUGGGAAAUGUGUGGCGCUUUCCGUACCUCACCUACACCUAUGGUGGAGGCGCAUUUCUGAUCCCUUACGCCCUGAGCCUCCUGCUGCUGGGAGUGCCUUUGUUCGUGCUGGAGCUGGGCAUGGGUCAGCUGACUCGGCGCGGCACGCUGGGCAUGUGGACGAAGAUCGGGCUGCCGCGCUGGCAGGGAGUAGGCUUGGCUGCCACGGUCUGCACCUUUUUGGUGGGGCUGUACUACAUCACCAUCCUUGCUUGGACCAUCUACUACCUGGGCCGGACCUUCGCGGCAAUCCCCUCGGGCAAGCUGCCCUGGAGCGAUGAGGCGGAAGGCGCCACCUGCCCGAUGAUGGAUCUCUACCUCCACCAGAGCGCAGUGGACAGCCCCUUCCUCAUCGACAGCAGCACCGGGCUGCUGAAUUCCACCUACGCCGCAUCGGUGUGGUGCAAGGCUGUUGGAGCGCCACCGGCCGACUAUGUCAUGAAGACGAUUCAGCCGACCAGAUGCCCAGCGCAAAUGGCGAAGAUCUUCUGGGAGUCCGCGCUGCAGCAGUCCCCCGGCCUGGACCAGCCGGGAGGAUUGAAUCCGGGCAUCCUGAUUUCCAUGACCAUCGCCUGGUUGCUGAUUUGGCUCAUUGUCUUCAACGGCGUGAAGUCCAGCGGCAAGGUGGUCUACGUGACCGCGACGCUGCCAUACGCGUGCCUGGCGAUUUUUCUGGUGCGAGCGCUCACUCUGCCCAACGCCCUGACGGGCCUAAACUUCCUCUUCGCUGCAGACUUCUCCCACCUCUCGGACCCACAGGUCUGGAUCCACGCCGCAGUGCAGAUCUUCUUCUCCCUGGGCGUGGGCUACGGCUCCAUCGUGGCUUUCGGCUCCUUCGGCAAGAAGUCCGCCAACUUUGUGCGGGACGCCAGCGCGGUAGCCAUCACCAACUGCGGCACUUCGAUGAUCGCCGGCUGCGUGGUCUUCCCAGUCUUGGGCUUCCUUGCCCAAGAGCUGCAUGAGACAGAUCCCUGCAUUGCUGGCGAUAGCCUGGACAGCCUCAAGUCCAUUGGACUGUCGGGCACAGGACUGGCCUUCGUGGCGUUUCCCAUUGCCGUGUCGCAAAUGCCGGGCGGCUUCUUUUUCGCGAUUCUGUUCUUCGUCAUGAUGCUGAUCCUCGGCAUCGACUCCCAGUUUGCCUACAUCGAGACUGUGGCCACGGUGCUCUCCGACGCGGGCUGGGGCGAGCGCCUGCCGCGGUGGGCCCUCUCAGGCUUGAUUUGCUUGGUGUCAUACCUCAUCGGCUUGAUCUUCGUGUGCAGAGGCGGCAUCUACUUCCUUGAGCUGUUCGACAACUAUGUGAGCAUCUACGUGAUGUUUGCCGUGGCCUGCUUGGAGUGUGUUGGCUUGCUCUGGACACGUCGGGGCAAGACCUGGGAGCAGUUCAAGGCUUUGUGCGUGGAUAGCACUGGCAUGGAGCUGGGCCGAAUCUGGGAGAUCUCCUGGGGCUAUGUCUGCCCUGGGCUCUCUGCGGUGCUGGUGGUCUUAAGCAUCACCCCACCGUUCGGGAAGCUGGACGUGAUGGGCGCCCGCGAAUCCAAGCACUUCCCUGAAGGCACUGGCUACUUUCCCGAGUGGACCAUUGCCCUUGGAUGGGUGAUCGCUUCCUUGCCCAUGGCAGCGAUGCUGGUUGUAGCGAUACGGCCAAGCAUCCUGAAGACAACGAGCCGCGAGGGCUCAACCAUUUUUGACGAUAUUCCCAAAUAA